AUGAACUCUCGUGGGUUGAUUCUUCUGCUUGGCGUCGUCGUGCUCGCCGUCGUCGCGCAACAAGCCACUGAUUUGGAGCGAGGUAUGUCUUCUAUGUGUCUAGUACUCAUCACAAAGACUAUAGAUCCCCAUAGACCGCAUUUUAUUUCAGAAAUGGCGAAGCGCAAGUCGGCGUACAUGCGAUUCGGGCGUUCGGACCCGCUGGAAAUGGAGAAACGGAAGAGCGCCUAUAUGCGUUUCGGAAAGCGGAGUUCGGGCGGCGAGGAGGAGUUCGCCGACGACAACAACGUGAUGGAGAAGCGAAAGUCGGCGUACAUGAGGUGCCGUUUCAGGAGAUUAUUUUAUAAAUGUGCAUCAUUCGCGCUUUUUGCAGAUUCGGAAAGCGAUCGGAGGCUCCGGAAGAAGAGGACGUGAUGAGUGCGGAGAAGAGGAAGAGCGCCUACAUGAGGUAUAAAUUAUGCGUGGUAGGAGGACGCGGAAGAAAAAAGUUGCAUUGCAGAUUCGGCAAACGAUCGGAUAUGGAAAUGCAGGGCGAGGAGGCAUUCGGAGACGGAGAAGCCGCACAUGACCUCUUCAAGAGAAAGUCGGCGUACAUGAGGUGAGUAAACAUUGAGUUGUGGGGCAAAAACGGGGGGGGGGAGAGCCCAUCAAUUUCUGAGUUGAUACACAUUCAUAAUGGGUCGCAAAUGACGACGACACCCCCGACUAGACGCAUCCAUUCCAUUUCUCAGAUUCGGAAAGCGUUCGAUGGGCGGCGAGGAGGAGGAUCACGAGAUGAUGAAGAGAAAGUCGGCGUACAUGCGAUUCGGACGAUAA